AUGCAGAACGAACCGAUGUUCCAGGUCCAGGUGGACGAAUCGGAAGACACUGAGUGGAAUGACAUCCUAAGGCAGAAAGGCGUUAUACCUGAAAGACCACCAUCACCAACAGCACAACUUGAGGAGGCAUUGGCAGAAGCCAUUGCCAAGCAGCAUGAAAGCAGACUGGAGGGCAAGGAUAUUUCGGAUCUUGAAGAAUUGGAGGACGAGGAAGACGAAGAGUUUCUGGAGCUAUACAAGAGGAAAAGAUUGGCUGAAAUGGCUAAGCUCCAGGAGAAAUCGAAGUUUGGCGAGGUUUAUGAGAUAAAUAAACCUGAAUAUAGCAAGGAAAUUACCGAGGCAAGCAUGGGAUCAACUGCAGAUACCGACGACGCUGGCGAGGCCAAUGAAGAGGAAAGCUCCAAGAGCAAAACUGAGGGCGUGUACGUGUUUGUACAUCUUGCAUUGCAAAGCAAGCUACAGAGUCGUGUGCUUUCGCAUAUGUUUCGCCAAUUGGCUCCUAAGUUUCGUGAGAUUAAAUUCGUUGAGAUCAAAGCAAAUAGAGCCAUCGAAAACUAUCCUGAGGCUAACUGUCCCACACUUUUGGUGUAUUACAAGGGAGAUGUGAUUAAGAACAUGAUAACGCUCCUGGAGUUGGGUGGUAACGAUACCAAGAUCGGAGAUUUUGAAGCGCUUAUGGUCAAGAUAGGUGCCGUCGACGAUCGUGAUGGAAGGCUACUCAUUAACCAGGAGAGCGAGGAAGCAUUAGAGGCCAAGAAACUGACUCUACAACAUAAGGGUAUCAGGUCUGGAAUCAAUGGGAAAUUCAAUAUUGGUGUCGGACGCAAUCUAGCCGAUGAAGAUGACGAUUUUUUUGAUUGA